UGUGUGUUUUCUGUCUCUUCUGCAGAUUCAAGCGUCAAAAGUUAUAGGGUCAAUUCAACUAGGAAUAGGUUACGCUGUUGGUAGUUUGGCGUCGAAACCAGAGAGAAAUCUAUUGAUCCGGGACUUUGCUGUAAUAGAGUCAAUCUUCUUACCUGGAGAGGGAAGCAAUGUCACGCCAGCUCACCACUACAGCGACUUCAAAUUUAAGGCAUACGCUCCGGUCGCCUUCCGAUACUUCAGGGACCUAUUUAGCAUAAAUACUCAAGAUUUUUUGAUGUCGCUGUGCCACGAACCCUUGAGGGAGCUCUCGAACCCUGGUGCAAGUGGGAGUGCGUUUUACCUCACUAGCAACGACGAGUUCAUCAUCAAAACAGUUCAACACAAGGAAGCCGAGUUCUUGCAGAAUCUGCUUGCAGGUUACUACAUGAAUCUGAACCAUAAUCCGCGAACACUGUUGCCCAAGUUCUAUGGUCUCUACUGCUACCUAUGCGGCGGUAAAAGCGUGCGCGUCGUGGUGAUGAACAACCUGCUGCCCUCGGUGGUGCCCAUGCACCAGAAGUACGACCUGAAGGGCUCCACCCUGAAGCGCAAAGCGAGCAAGCACGAGCGCAGCAAGCGCUCCCCGACCUUCAAGGACCUCGACUUUCUCGAGCAGCAUCCCGAAGGCAUUCUGCUGGAGGCCGACACGUAUAAUGCUCUCAUCAAGACUAUCCAGAGGGAUUGCCAGGUAUUGGAGAGCUUCAAAAUAAUGGACUAUAGCCUCCUUAUAGGCAUUCACAACAUCGACCAGGCGGCGAGGGAACAAAUAGAGCGGCAGCCUCAGGGUGCAAAGGAUGAAGUGAAAUUCAGUUCACCUGGCUCAGAAGAAGGCUCCAGCCUCAAACCAGCAGGAUCUGGGAUUAAACAGAACAGGUCCACAAACCGGCAACGGCUGGCAAACUUCUCCACCGCCAUGGAAUCGAUUCAGGCUGAUGUAGAGCCAAUUGAUCAUGACGAGGAUGUUCCAACCGGUGGCAUCCCAGCGAAGAACUCCAAAGGAGAGCGGCUACUCUUGUUCAUUGGAGUAAUCGACAUUCUGCAAAACUACCGCCUUUUAAAAAAGCUCGAGCACACGUGGAAGUCCACGUUUUAUGACAAGGACAGCAUAUCAGUGCAGAUGCCCAGCUUUUAUGCAGAACGGUUUCAAGACUUUUUGGCCAAAAAGGUCUUCAAGAAGAUUACCUCUACCAGCCCCGUGCAGGAUCGCCCCGAAACGGAUGAAAUUCCAGAACCGCCGAGUUACACAGCGAGGUCCUGCGCGCGGCAGCGGACGUCAAGGUUGAAGAGUCAACCCGCCGCUGUGACAAUGCUAUCACAGUCACAGUAACUGACUUCAACUUCACACCUGUACAGCUUGCUUUCGGGCAGAAACCUGCCACCAGGAGAAGACGCUUCCAGUGUCUUAGACUGAACUCUUCCAGCGCUGAAGUGCUUCCACACAGCGCCAUUUUACAUAUGCGAGUGUUUGUUUGAAUGUGUUAUAUUUCUGCUUAAUUUUAUUGCUUCUGUCUAAAAAAUAAGUAAGCGCAUUUUUAGUUCUCAAAUCGCACUUUCUGUUAUGUACCCACGGCACUCCAGUGCUCAGAAGCGGAUGGUGUUUUUAUUGCGAUAGCAGUUGUAUGUGCACUCGAGGCGAAAUUUGGCCGUCGCCGUUGCCGUGGUGUUCCGCACGAAGUCCAUUUGCGAUAAGACCCUAUCGCGCGCCAUAUGCUGUGGAUGCGAGGGAAAGCGUGCAAGGGUUAGCCGAAAGGAUGGUGACUUGAUGCGCGCCGUCUUCCAGUGCGCCUAAUGCUGGCGGUCAAGUCACGUGCGCGCACUGAGUGGGGGGGGGGGGGGUCACCUGAGCGUGCUUCUCGUCCUCUAGCCCGGUCGUAGCUGCGCAUAACAUUCCGCGUGGCUGAGCGCAUGCGCAACCCACGCACCGCAUCUUGGAAGUAAUCUGCGGAGGGUGCAAGGACUAAUGGCGGACCGAGAUGUGUUCUUUCCACAACGCGCGAAACAGUAGCGGGUGAAUAUUGCAUGGUUAUGAAGAUCAAGGAAGUGCACUGCCUUGAAGGGCGAGCCUGAGAUGAACAGCUUGCUUUCCCAAAGUUUGGUGGCGCUGCUAUUCCAAGCGUGCGGGCGCUCAGUCACGCGGUAUUCUUUCAUAUUUUGCGUGGGCUUUCUUCUUUUGCCGGUAAAUGCAAAGGUGCUAUGUGUACCUUGCCAGAAGCACCUCAUUUUGACUUGUGAUUCACCACAACCGCCAAAACUGACAUUUCACAAUUAGAACAAGUAAAAGUUAGAUCAUCACUAAUUAAAUAAUUGCAUGCCAAAGUGUGUGUGUGUUUGUGUGCAAGAGAGAGAGAGAGAGUCGGUUGGCCUCUGCUAGUCUUGCCGCGGCAUGGCUCUGCACACCACCACAAAUAAUAAAAUUGACCGACAGCCGGAUUUGAAAAAGAAGCUCUGUAGUACGGAAGGCCAAUACUCUAGCAAUUAGGCCGCCAAUGCUUACCUCAACAGGCGGAAUAGAACAUCAACAAGAAUUUACCGCAUGCAAGAGACGUUUCGUGGCUGCCAGGCCAUUGAAUGCCUUCUACCCAGCAGUAGUAAUUGCCUUGUCUGCUCCGUCGCGCCAGUAUGUCGCAUUGACGGAUAGAUUGAACAUCGUUUGAGGUGUCGUCGUUACUGUUAGAAAAGCGAAUAAUUAGAUUAGUUUACAAAAUGCCGUGUUUGUCUCACACCCGAAUUAUUUGCGAAGUUACAGACAAUAAACUUCCUUCACUUUAUGAAAGUAAGCCUUCUCGCUGCUAUAAGUUAUGUAUAUAUAAAGAAGAAAGACGCUGCAUUGCAAAUUCUUGUCAAUCUUGAAAGAAUCAGAGUUGUAUAUGACACUCGUAAUCUGGAACUAUGGCAUGUAAUAUGGUGUCCUACAAACUACGCAAAAUAAAUGAUUCGAUACCGGUUACCCCCGCUGUUAAAUAACUUGCAACAACAAAAUGGACUCGACCUUGUAAACAUACCACUGCAAGAAGUUCGUGACAUGUUCUUAUAACAAAUAUUUCUAUUUUUUCUUGGUUUUGCCGAAAUGUUCAAUUAUUUUUCUUUCGUCCUUUUAAUUGUUGAACUGUUUCAUAUGUUACUAUAUUACAUUGUCGCGCUAUCUAUUUCUGUAGAAUUUGUUGUAGACUUUGUUUCAUUGCGCUAAAGUUGCCUGAUAGACAUAAAGCCUGCCACUUCUGUGUUCAAGAAAUUUCAACUCUCAUUGUAACGUCUCUACGUAUUCUGUUUUGUUCUGCGAACUGCCCGUUGCUGUCAUUUGGAGGGGGCAGUCGUCUCAUAAAGCUAUAUACUCUAUA